CAGCAAAGAAGCACAAAGUUUCCUCAUACUAUAUAUCACACUAGGCCAUGAGUGUUGCAGUCAAGGUUUGCGGCCAAGUACCGGCUGAGGAGAAGUGGAUUAAAAUCCCCGAUGUUAGUGGCCACUGCGUGCAAGAGGUCGCAAAGCUUGCGGUGGAACAGUUCAACGUUCAACAUGGACACAGUCUUAAAUACGAAAGCAUUCAUGAAGGAUGGUAUUGUGAACUGGGUCAAAACAACCUAAAGUACCGUCUUCAUAUUAGGGCGAUAGACUUUCUUCAACGCUCUCUCUUGUAUGAGGCACUUGUGUUCGAAGAGAAACCUAAGUUUGAAAGAAUCAGAAAGUUGAUAUCUUUCAUCUAUAUAUUGAAUCCUGGACACUAUGUUGGGCCGGUAGAUCCACCCAAAGUAUUGAAGUGGAUUAAAAUUCCUAAUCUUCGAGUGCCAUUUGUGCAAGAAGUAUCAAAUUUUGCAAUUGAUGAGUACAACAAAAAUGGAUAUGGCAUAAAAUAUGUUGAAAUCUACGACGGUUCGUAUGCGGAGAUGGGUCAAGACAACAUAAAGUUUCACGUUCGUAUUAAGGCGAAAGAUUUGUUUGGACGUUUGUGCAGCUACGAGGCUUUUGUUCUCGUCAAACAUUUGUUGUCUAAGAAAAUCAUGAUUUUCGAAGGUUUUAGGAUUUGCGAUCCAAUAAAGAUUGUGCCCGAGUGGAUUCUAAUACCUGAUUUGAAGGCGCCUGGCUUGCAAGUGGUUCUAAAGUUUAUGUUGGAACAGUUAAAACUUAAAUUUGGAGAUAGGUUGAAAUUUGAUAGCAUUUAUGAAGGUUGGUAUUUUGAGUUGUGCCCAAACAGCCUAAAGUAUCGUUUCCAUGUUAAGAUGAUAGACUUUUUGGGGCGUUCUUUCAAAAUUGAGGUUAUUAUUAUCGAAGAGAGACAUGACUUUCGAAGAAUCUUGAAGCUGGACUCUAUCAGUUUCAUAGUAAUUCCUGGACCUUCGGAGAAGAUGUGGAUAAAAAUUCCUAUUCUUCUAGCACCAUUAGUGCAAGAGUUAGCAAACUUUGCCGUGGAUGAAUAUAAUAAAGGCGGAGAAGGCCUAAAAUUAGUUGAAAUCUACGACGGCUGGUUUAUGGACCUGGGUCAAGAUAACAUAAAGUUUCGUCUUCAUCUAAAGGCGAAAGACUGGUUGGGACGUGUACGCAACUAUGAGGCUGUUGUGCUUGUUGAGGACUUUAUCUCCAAGAGAAUCAAGAUUCUCGAAUCUUUCAAGUUUUUAGGUCCACCAUCGCUUCCAUCCCGGUGGAUUCAAAUACCUAAUCUUAAGGAGCCUGGCUUGCAAGUGGUUAUAAAGUUUAUGUUGGAACAGAUCAAAAUUAAAUUUGGAGAUAGUUUGAAAUUUGAUUGCAUUUAUGAAGGUUGGUAUUUUGAGUUGUGCCCAAACAGCCUAAAGUACCGUUUCCAUGUUAAGAUGAUAGACUUUUUGGGGCGUUCUCUCAAAUUUGAGGUUAUUAUUAUCGAAGAGAGACGUGACCGUCUAAGAAUCUUGAAGCUGGUCUCUAUCAUUAUCAUAGUAGCUCCUGAACCUCCAGAGAAGAAGUGGAUAAAAAUUCCUGUUCUUCAGGCGCCAUUAGUGCAAGAGUUAGCAAAGUUUGCCGUUGAUGAAUAUAGUUCACAAGGAGAAGGCCUAAAAUUAGUUGAAAUCUAUGACGGCUGGUUUAUGGACCUGGGUCAAGAUAACAUAAAGUUUCGUCUUCAUCUUAAGGUGAAGGACUGGUUGGGACGUAUACGCAACUAUGAGGUUGUUGUGCUUGUUGAGCAAUUUUUCUCCCAGAGAAUCAAGAUUCUUGAAUCUUUCAAGUUUUUAGGUCCACCGAGUGUACCCAAGUGGAUUCAAAUACCUAAUCUUAAGGAGCCUGGCUUGCAAGUGGUUAUAAAGUUUAUGUUGGAACAGAUCAAAAUUAAAUUUGGAGAUAGUUUGAAAUUUGAUUGCAUUUAUGAAGGUUGGUAUUUUGAGUUGUGCCCAAACAGCCUAAAGUACCGUUUCCAUGUUAAGAUGAUAGACUUUUUGGGGCGUUCUCUCAAAUUUGAGGUUAUUAUUAUCGAAGAGAGACGUGACCGUCUAAGAAUCUUGAAGCUGGUCUCUAUCAUUAUCAUAGUAGCUCCUGAACCUCCAGAGAAGAAGUGGAUAAAAAUUCCUGUUCUUCAGGCGCCAUUAGUGCAAGAGUUAGCAAAGUUUGCCGUGGAUGAAUAUAGUUCAAAAGGAGAAGGCCUAAAAUUAGUUGAAAUCUAUGACGGCUGGUUUAUGGACCUGGGUCAAGAUAACAUAAAGUUUCGUCUUCAUCUUAAGGCGAAAGAUUGGUUGGGACGCAUCCGCAACUAUGAGGCUGUUGUGCUUGUUGAGCACUUUUUCUCCAAGAGAAUCAAGAUUCUCGAAUCUUUCAAGCUUCUCGGUCCACUGGUUCCAGGCGAGUGGAUUCCAAUACCUAAUCUCAAGGAGCCUGGCUUUCAAGUGGUUAUAAAGUUUAUAGUUGAGCAGCUCAAAAUUAUAUCCGGAGAUUGUUUGAAAUUCGAUAGCAUUUAUGAAGGUUGGUAUUUUGAGCUGUGCCCAAUCAGCCUAAAGUUCCGUUUGCAUAUUAAGGCGAUAGACUUUCUGGGACGUUGUCUCAAUUAUGAAAUUAUUAUUGUCGAAGAGAAACGAAUUUUCAAGAUGGAAUCUAUCAUCGUCAUAUCGUCUCCUGGACACUGCGUUGGGCCUGUGGAUCCACCCAAGGUCGAGAAGUGGAUUAAAAUCUGUAAUCUUCAGUUUUCGUUCGUGCAAGAGGUAUCAAAGUUUGCGUUGGAUGACUUCAACGUUAAAUCUGGAGAUAGCCUCAAAUACGAUGGCAUUUACGAUGGUUGGUAUAUGGAGAUGGGUCAAGACAACAUAAAGUUUCGUAUUCAUUUAAAGGCAAAAGACUGUCUGAGUCGUGUGCACCACUAUGAAGCUCAUGUGUUUGUAAAGAACUUUCUCGGUCAAAGAAUUAAGAUCGUCGAAUCUUUCAAGCUUAUCGAAAGGAAGUGUUAGAAACUCCCCUCUUCGUAUCAUGUAACAUGCGAGGGUUACUAAAAACCGCAUGGCUAUCUAUAAAGAAAUAGUCAUGCGAGAAUGAAAUAAAUCUUUUUUAAGUAUA